AUUAUUAAAAUUAUUUCAAUGGUUUCUUUUAAAAAAGAUUUGUUUAUAUAUCUAUUGGUGUGGUACAAGAUAGGAAAAUGUGAUGACUGUCAGCAACCACAUUUACCUGUUAACUCUUUCCAAGUAAAUAAUAAAAGUGCAGUUUACAAAGAUAAAUCUUUUUUAUAUUAUAAAUGUGAAGAUGGUUAUAGUUUUGGGGCUGAUUCACUGCAGAAAAUUCAAUGUGUAGGUGGAAAAUGGGAUCCAAGGAUAUUGCCAAAAUGUAUAGAUCAUUGUAAUAAUGUAUGUGGUAAUCAUGGUCAAUGUAAAAAAUAUGAAAAUGAUGAGUACAGAUGUCAAUGUGAUCAUUUUUAUGAUGGAGUGAAUUGCACUGAAAGAGUCUGUGAAGCUCCCAUUCUUUAUGCACAUGGAAUAUUUAAGCUUAUAACAGGUAAAGUUCAGUCCAACAAGUAUUCAUUAUCUUCAUCAAUUCAGUUUUCAUGUGUUGCUGGCUACAAAAUCAACAAAGGUAACACUCAAUCUCAUUGCACUCGUGAUGGUUGGGUUCCAGAAUAUGUUCCUGAAUGUGAAGAAAUAGAAUGUGAAAAUAUAUACAAAAGCGAUUCUUUGGUGCAGUAUACACCGAUGAAAACAAAUUACCAUAUAGGGUCUGUAGUACAAUUUACUUGUUCUAAUACUUUUUUACUGGGUUCUGCUACAUCAACAUGUCAGAUUGAUGGAGACUGGUCUGUACCUUGGCCUACAUGUAAAUCAAAAAGUUGUUCAUCGCCUGCAUAUAUUGUAAAUGGCAUGGAAAUAAAGCGUGGUGAUUAUAUUGAUGGCUCUAAUUUCAUAUAUACUUGUAAACAAAACUAUGCGAUAUCAGGAGAUAACCAUAUUACAUGUAGCAAUGGAAAUUGGAUUGGGGUUGUUCCAAAGUGCAUAUUCGUAGAUAGUAAUUGUGAUCAACAAAGUUCAAUUAAGUGUUUGGAAAAAGCGAAACAAGACUCUUCUACUCAACCGCUUAUUCUUGUUGCUGGCACAGCUGGAGGUCUUCUUAUGCUUCUCUUGUUGCUCAUUGUAGCUGUUGCCUGUCAAAGACGACGAAUAGCUCGCAGAAUAAAUCGUCAACGGUAUAUUAAUGGAGAUGAUGAUAGAUGUUCCUUUGUUUAUUAUUCUAAUGAUGUUCACGUUGUACUGCCAUCAUACGAUGAAGCUAUGUUGGCUCGAAGACUUCAGCCACCACCAUAUAAUGAGAAUACUGCUUGUGCAAAUAAUGCUUCUCAAAAUGAAAUUUCUGGUGAGAAUGCAUACGAAAGUAUUCAAGAAGUUACAGAAGCAGGUGCAAUUCAAGAAAUUACAGAAUCUGUUAGUCCUGUUGAACAUUUUGUUCUUAAACCCUGUUGUGGAGCUGCGUAUGCUGAAGUACAAAAGAAUUUCCCUAGUAGUCUAUCAGAAUCUAUAACUGUUACAAACGAACAAAAAUCUCAUGAAAAUGAUGAAGAUUGCGAGUAUGAUGACGACAACCAACCUUUAAUUAAUGAUUAAGUUUGGUUUACACUUUGUAAUUUAAAUAAAGCUCACCAAUUGCUUGCGCUUUUCAAGAAAUUUAUAUUAUUAUCGUAUUUCUAUUAAACCGUUUAAAUACUUUUUAUAUAUAAAUUUAUAGUUUUAUACGCUGUUAGGGUUAUCCUUUGUAGCGUUAUCUUUUUUUUUUUUAUUUUUUAUGUAUAUUAAAAUUUUGUACUAUAAAUAUGAGACUUAUUUUAAAAUAAAUACAUGUUCCAAAUUAUUAUGAAUUCA